AUGAAGUACAUAUUUCUAUAUUGUGUAUAUUUUGUAAUUUUAAUACAAUUUGAAGAAUCUUUAUGUGAAAAUUUGAAAAAACAACAACUUGAAGAUGCAAAUCCUGAAGAAAAAUCAAAUUUCGAAAAAUCUCAACCAGUAAAAUUCAUUGGAGGAGAUCCUUCAGAACCUCAAACACAAAAUGGCAAUCUACUGAAUCAUAUUAAAAAUCCACAUUCAACAGAUGGAAGACCUCAGUUAACAAAAGAUUUCAAAGUUCUGGAACAAGAUUUUGAAGAUCUUCAGGAACAUUUUCGUGAAAAACCGAAGAAGAAACAUAAAUCUAAAAAACAUAAAUCUAAAAAACAUAAAUGUGGAAAGAAGCAUAGAAAGCACAGAAAGCAUAGAAAGCAUAGGAACUAUCAUUAUUUAGAUGAUCUUAAUGAAAUUAUGAAAUAUCUUGAAAUGUAUGAAAAAGAACAUGAACAUGAAAACCAUGACCAUUUAGCAGAAUAA